GGGUGUACAUUAUCCAUAUCUUGAUACUCGACACUCACUCUUUGGUUCUGGUCCCUCUGAAACUCUUGCUUUAGAAAUUCACGCAAAGUCCCAUAUUUUCCUUUUGAAAGGGAAAAAUAGGCAGAGAGUAGUGCAAAUUGGAGGAUUAUGUCCCUACAUGAGAAGACCCUGUCACUGUGUUGUAGCUCUUACAUCCAUUCUUAUUAUAACCAUAGUCAUAAUGUAAGCUCACUCAAACUAUGCUACACCACCAGUUACCCAAUCCAAAAUCCGCAAUUAAGAACAACCCAAAUCCACAUGCCUAAUUCUCCACUUCUCACGAACACAAAUUGUAAUCCUCGAAGGAAGCUGAAGCCUUUAUCAGCAGCUCCUGCUGUUCCACCACCACUUGACCUCACAGAAAACAACGUAAGACAAGCUUUGGUCGAUGCUCGUGCUGAGCUGGGUCAGAUCUUUGAUACUUCUGUUGGUAUGACAGGUGUGAUUGAAUUGGUGGAGUUGGAUGGACCUUUCGUGAGGAUUAGCCUGAAGGGUCGGUUUUGGCACAAGCGUUCAACAGUUCUAGCUAGAGUCGGUAAUUAUCUCAAACAGAGGAUUCCUGAGAUUUUAGAGGUUGAAAUAGAAGAUGAGAAACAAUUGGAUGAUAGUCCUGCCAAUUUCUAAGUAUCUGGUAUGAAAGUACUUCUGAACAUGUAUGCGAGACGAUGAUGGAUAAAUCCUUCUCAACUCGAGAAGCUAUGAUGAGCAUGCUCACUACUAACUCUGAGAAUUGUGAUGCACAAUUGCAUGCUUAUGUUGUUCUCCACUAAUUUUUCAAGCUUCUUAGACAAAGAGUUUGUUAUCACGGACACAACAACACAGGAGAGAUUUUCUGUAACAACUUCAAUAUAAUAUAUUAUAAGCACAUUUUGCCUUUUAUUUGUUAACAUUUAA